UUGAAUAGGGUUAAAGCCACCGUCACUUGCCCUCCAGUCCACAACACAGUGCGUUAACCCCCGCGCUUUCACGUGUCGGAAUAUCGAGGAAAACGCCCCACUUCCCGUCAGCAACCGUUCCGGAGCCUGUCAGGCCCUUCUAUAGGCUCGCUGCUACGUCACCAAGGCAGUCACAUGACCUGCCUCUUUCCGUAGGCGCUGUAACCUGAUGGGGUUAAAACGCUAAGAGAAAGGUGUUUGAACCGAAGCUGUAACGUAAUCUGGGAAAUGAAAGUAUGUCCUUAUGAUGAAGCCUAUAAAGGUGUGUACAAUGAAACUGGUAGUACUUGUCUCCAUCAUACUGAUCCCCCGUUGCUGGAGUUUCCACGAUGAUGAGUGGAUUGACCCAACUGACAUGCUGAACUAUGAUGCAGCGUCAGGAAAGAUGAGGAAUCGGCCGCAGAUUGUUACAGAAGAUACCCCGAUUAAAGAGAUCUGUCAGACGACAGAACAGACUGCCUGCCCGGCAGAGCUCAAAGCGUGUGAGAACAAUGUGCACCAUCUGCGCCUCCAAGUAGAGAACUACAGGAAGAAAGAGAAAUUUUCUCAGACCAGUAGUAACCCCAUUUUCCGCCGUUACCUGAACAAGAUUUUGAGUGGAGUUGAACCUUUAGGUCUGCCUGAUGAGUCUCAGCCAGAGAUUCGUUACGAUGCACAAGUAUUCCUCACACGGCAUAUGUUAGCGGAAAUCCAGAAGUUCCUGAACGACGCCGAUUGGAAUGCAGGGGCUCUGGAUGAUGCUCUAAGCAGAACCCUGGUAGACUUCAAGCAUCACAAUAAGGAAGACUGGGCAUGGAAAAUAGAGGAUUAUAUCGGAAUCAACGAAUACACACUCUUUAUGAUCCUUCUCUGCUUUCUGUGCGUUGUUUCAGUGGUGGCUACAGAGCUUUGGACACGUGUGGGAUGGUUUACACAGAUAAAGCGUAUCUGUAUCCUUAGCAUCGUGAUUAGCUUCUUCUGGAACUGGUUAUACUUAUUCAAGGUGGAAUAUGCUGAACAGCAGGCGGAGUUGGCAAAGCUGGGAAAGUAUGACAGCUGCAGCGAGAAGAGCAGCUUCACGGAGGGCCUAGUUGACUUGCUGAGGUCUUCUUUCACCUUUCGAAAUGAUCCUUGUGUGGAAUAUUUUAAAACUCUCAACAUAAAUCCAGCAUUGAAGGUCCCAAUAACUAAGGCAAUAGCUCUCACAUUCACUGAUUUUAUAACCGAACCGUUAAAGCACUUGGGAAAGGGGAUUGGCGAGUUUCUACGAGCCCUGCUUUCAGAAAUCCCUAUCAUUUUACAAGUCCCGGUUUUGAUUUUCAUGGCGGUUGCUCUGUUGGCCUUCUGCUACGGAACUGGCUCAUCAGUUGGUCAAAUCAACAGGAUCCGUCAUAUAGCGGGUCCAGGCAGAGAUGAGCCUCGUGCUGUGGAGCCUCAGAGACCAGGUUUCACCCAGUCUAUUAAAGCGAAUCCCAACUCCAAUGACAACUAUCAAGGAGGAAACCACAACAAUACAGAGCAGAGGGACAGGGGGACAACUGAAAGGCAGCAUCAUUACCUACAGGAGCCAGAGACUCUUGAUGCAAUGGAUGCUAUAGGUACCAGACCUGACCCAAGGCCGCAAGACAUUAGACAGUAUGAAGUGAACAACCCAGAAGAGAAGCCAACAGUGCAAAUAAAGUCUGCAGAUGAGAAAAAGCCAAGCCAGAGGGACCUAAACACCACCUCAGACUCUGAACUAAGAAGAAGGAAGGCCAAUGUGGAAACGUUGAGGCACGCCGGAUCAAGUUCUAAAAUAUCCCCCCAAAAAGAAAAUGAUUCCACAGAUGAAGAGAAGAGAAGGAGAAAUGAUUCUUCAUCAGAUGCGGAAUCGGGAAGUGUCGCAUGUAAUUCGGACAGCCAGGAUACCAAAUAUAUAAACCCCACAUUGCUCAGGCUGGAUUUACAGACAACAGCUGAUGUGGCUGAGAAUAUAAGCAGUGUAAGUAGAGAUCAUGAUGAUUAAUAUAUGGUCGUAGUGUACCAAAGUGGGAAUCCUCUACCUAAAGGUGAAGAGAUAUUGUUCGGUACUAUUUUUAAUACAGAAUAUACAUUCCAAUAUUGUUUUUAUUAUAAUAAAAUGAUAAUAAAGUUCAGAAA